UGUGCGUGUGCGUGCGUGCGCGCUUGUCGUCCCAAUGAUGCAAUGUCAAGAUGGAGGCCAAACACUCAUGGCUUCGGACGCCCUUUGGUGAUGGCUAUCGAAUCUCUGCCCAGGCUUAUCGCACUCAGUUGACAGCAGAGGGCCUCCGGGUCUUGCUGCCACAGGGACAUGCAGUGAAGCAGAGUCCAGUGUCUUCUAUUGCAACCAUCCGAGAGGAUGGUUCUUUCGACCUCACAGCCAUUGCACAGAAGCUUUGCCAUGACAGGCUGCGCCGCCUGGUGCUCUGGGAGGUCUUGGCGGUGUUCCUUCAGAGUCUCGUGGUCUUAAGCCUCGGCCUGGUGUUGCAAGAGUUGGAAUUUGGCCUUCCAACUUGGCUCAGCUUGUUGGGAGAGGCUGCGGAACACCCUGCCUGGCGUUCGGUUCCCUUUGCACUGUUGAUUGUUCUGGCUCGUUUCUUGCAGCAAGUGGCAAAACACAGGCGUGUAAAGAUCGUGGAGCAGGCAUCUUCUGCCCUGUGCGCCUUCCUCUUUCGGCGUGCCACGACCUCGGGUGCCGCCGCCGCCUGCAGCGUGGCGGAGCUGCUGAAUGCUGUGCCGCGUUUGGUUGAGGCUACAGCGAAGGGCUCAAGGCUUCAACUUGCUGCACCGAUGCUGGGUCUUUCCCUUGGCUUUGGCUUGCUGCUCAUGACGCUUGGAGCCAUGGCUCCGUUGCUGCUCCUUCUGCAGCUCCUGCUGCUGGGGCUGGAGGUGCUUCUGCGCAAAUUGACGCCCCGCUGGAAGCAAGAAGCUAUGCACUUGCGAGAGCAGAGGGAGGCAAUGUCAGCUGCAGCUCUCGCCAUGGAAAUGGGUUGUGCCUCUGCGACAGUGAAACUCUUUGCUUGGGAGUCGGCCGUUUGGGCGCGGCUUCAGCAGCUGCGGAAGCGGGAGAAAGCGGCCCUGCAGCGCCUUCAACGCUUGGAAGUCUUAGCGUCCGUGGCCCGCGAGUUGGGGGUCUUUGUGCCCGUGGCAGUUGCCUUGCUCUUGCAGUGGCUCGUGUUUGGCAUGUCCCUCUGGGCUUGCUUUCAAGCUCUAGCUGCUUGCAGGAUGACCGCGCAGCAAUUGCGGCGAGCGCAGCAAGUCUUGCUUACCAAGAUACCACAGGUGAACGCGUGUCUGGAGCAAGAGCUUGAGCGGACUGCACCAAAGCAGGGAGACCGAAGUACUUACAAAUCUGCACGCUAUGCAGUGGCCAUCGACAGCAUGCGCUUCUUCUGGGAAGAGCCUCAAGAGGUACAGGCCUUGCCGCCAAAGCCCAACGGCAAUACUGCCCUGCAAACCGUGAUGCAGAAAGCCGAGAAGGGCGUGUCCUCUGGCCUGGACCUGGUCGACUCCGUCUCGGACGAUGCCUCCGUGGCGGAGCGCGCGCGGCGGAGCACGAAUACCUCAAAUCGAUUCGAUUUGAAGGUGCUCUCGCUGCAGGUGAAGCGAGGUUCCCAUGUAGCACUUGUUGGAGCUACUGGUAGUGGCAAGUCCACCCUUUUAGCUGGCUUGGUUGGAGGCUGCCGAUGUGAGCACUGGGGUGACGACCGGGAGGGUGGCGUGUCACUCUCCGGAAGAUUGGCCUACGCUCCACAGCGGCCCUGUGUGAAGCUGGCCGACUGCAGCAUCCGGGAGAACGUCCUGUGUGGCCGCUCCUUCGAUGCCCAGAGGUACGAGCAAGCCUUGACAACGUCCACCCUAGCAGAGGAUUUGCAGCGUCUCUCCAACGGCGACAGUGCUCUCGUGGAGGAACUCGCAGGCAGUGCCCUGAGGUCGACCUUUGCUGUGAUAUUGUGACGUGGAGGACAUAGAGUACGCCGUGUUCGGGUGAAAAGCAUCACGGCCAGACUGAACGGCGCCUAUCUAAGUGGAGGACAUGUAGAGUUUGGGAGACAAUGACGUGGAGGCCAAUGGAGGCAACCACAGAGCUCUCUCAUUCUGAUAUGUGACAAGUGUAUUUGCUUGCCAUUUUGCCCAUAGUUGCCGAACAAGUUAGAUGCAGGAAGAAAGAACUUGAUAGGACACCAUUUUGUUGGGAAGGGGUGUGAAGCGGUUACAAGAUCAUUAAGCUCGCAUCACUGGUGAGAAGAGUGUCACAGUGGGUCACCAACAGCAAAGCUGCACCAUGCGGAAGUUUUCCGAAGCCUGUCCCAAGUCAGCCUUGAUACCAUUGCAAGCUGCUUUUCCAGGCAUUUUUCAGUGAGCUUCCCUUUUGCGUGCUUUUGGUUCUAACUGGAUGCGAGCUCGUAAUGCGAUGUGCACCUUGAGUGGGACGCAAGUUGAUACGUC